AUGAAUAUCUCUCUUCUUGAAUCUCAGCAAUUUAAUUUCUUCAAGAUGCAUCUUCUUCUUAUUGCCUUGGCCAUUGCCACCCUAACGUGUCUCCUGUCUUCGACACUGCUCGGUAUCUUUCGUGCUGUUCGUUCCCCACUUCAAAAGAUUCCAGGGCCAUGGUACGCACCAUUGACUACUUUCCACCUGCGAUAUCUCUUUUCUACCGGCGAAAUUUGGAAACUUGUACAACGUAGUCACGCAAAGUAUGGCCCGAUAUGUCGUCUUGGUCCAAGGCAUAUCUGGGUUUCCGACAAAGAGUCUCUGAAGCAGAUCCUGUCAACGAUUGACCUCCCCAAGGUUGCCAUGUAUGCCGAGAUUUCUCGAAACCGGAAGAGUCCCGGUCUCUUUGGUGAAAUUCGUUUCCAUCCCCAUAAGCGCCUCAAGAGGUUUCUUUCUCCAGCGUUCACUGUGGGCUAUGUGGAUAAUUUGGAGGCUGUCUUCAAGGGCGUGAUGCGAGACCUUCUCCAAAACUACGCGACGCUUCUGGUUGAAGAUGUUUCGUCUGUAGAAGGUGUCCAAACUGAUCUCAUGGAUGAUCUUCACAAAGCAGCGCUUGAUAUCAUGGGAGAAAGCUCAUUCAGUAAGGGCUUUGGGCAGGUGAAGCCCAAUGAACCAUCUGGCGAUCCUCAGAUGGAUGAGACAUGGAAAUCCGUUCCGAGAUCCAUUUUUGAUGGUCUGGCAGACAGAUACAAGCGCUCGGACGAGAAAAAGCACUCGCCAGAUCUCCUUCAGCACCUCAUCGAGAAUGGUAAAAGGCCAGAUAACGAAGAGGCAAUGAACUCGCGGGAUAUCCUGGACCAGAUGUCCGAGAUCCUCCUCGCUGGCUCAGAAACAACUUCUGGUACUAUCGCCUGUUUGUUCUUGGAGCUUGCACGCAAUCCUCGAGUCCGGGCUAAGCUUCUCGCAUCCCUCCCUGCUAUUAGACAUGGUGAUGUUGAUAAUAUCAUCGUUAGCAAGACUGUUCGAGAUUCGGGGAAGUUCCUGUAUCUGGAAGCUUGUAUCAAGGAAAACCUUCGCCUUCAUCCAAUUGCAUUCGAGAUGGGUCGCCGUACUGGUGACCAGUGGAUCAACUUAAUGGGAUACGAUCUGCCUCCCCACACAGUGGUCUCUGCCUCAUAUCGAGAUCUUCAUCGUAAUGAAGAUUACUGGCCAGAUGCAUUGAGCUUCAUCCCUGAGAGAUGGCUUCCUGACAGUGAGAGAGGCGAUUUCCCUGCAGCUGAGUAUGUUGUUGCAACCCUUUUCUUGAUGGAACGCCUGCUGACUUCCCUUGGCAGUACGACAGCGUACUUUCCUUUUUCUGCCGGAAGACACUCGUGCAUCGGCAUCAAGUUAGUCCUCACCUUGGCAUUUUCGAAAGUCAUUGGCUACCGUACUAACACUCGACCUCCUCACAGCUUUGCUUGGGCGGAGAUGAGAAUGAUUGCAGCCAAUCUUCUGACCAGAUACGACAUUACAGAAGUGCCCGGGCAGGUGGUAGACUUCCGCCAAUUUAUUACCAUGCAAUUCGACACCGGCCACUGGAAUGUGAUUCUGCAGAGGCGGAAAUAA